CAGCUGUUUAACACACCAAGCGAGCGUUGAACUCUCAAUUUAUGAACAUUUUAGCUCGAGAACUCCAUAUAUCUGGCGUCUGGCAGAGUAGGAAAAUCCUGCAAGGCACCGGGAAGAGUGAGACACAGGCGGGGUGUUACAGUUCCUCCUGUGGACAAUGAAUGAGAAGAAGGCCCAUGAUAAUGAAACAAAGCGGCCAGACACAGGUGAGGAGUUGGAGACGGCACUCCAGCAGAACACAGAACUACGCCAGGAGCAGGUGGGACUGCUGCAGGAGACUUGCAUGUUGGAGGACACGGCGGUGCAGGAGACGCAGCUGCAUGACGCCUUGUCUAUUCAUAACACGAAUCAGCCAGAACCAGAUGGACCCAAGGAGCCAGGAGGGCCUGUCAGGAAACUGGGGUUUAGAAGUAAGUCAGGCAUUGGACCUCCGCCUCGGCCAUUUAAGAAAGCUAGGUAUGCUUGGGAAAUUAAGAACUAUGAACAUACUUUAAGCAAUAUGACUCAGAAUCUAGGUGAAUGUUCAACAGAUAUUCAGGAUGACAGUCAAGACUCUCAAUCUAGUGAUGUAAAUAGUGAGGGGAGUCAAGAAGAUGGUGUCUUAGAUCCUAGGGAAGGGUUACCUGUAGGCAGCUUAGACAGAGCAGCUUUUAUGGAUCCGAGAGCGAGGCCUCGACCUGAUCUCAUGCCGCCCAUCAUGCCAGCACCAUAUCCAACAACGUACGGCAUGAUGGCUGCCCCACCUACUCCUGACGCAAGCUUACGGCCAGGUGACUGCUUAAAGGAGGGUCAGCAGGUUCCUCCCGACCCAGAUGCUGGCAUAUUGAGAUGGCACACGAGACAGUUGUGUCGGAGCAUCUUCGACAAUACUGUUAACCGAAUGCUAGAGAAUAUGGGAUUCUCACCUGUAACAGAAAGAAGCCAAGGGAUCCACCCUCUUUUAGUCUUAAGCUUAAGUGAUGAUGAAGAACGAGAAGCAGAAGAAGCCCAACAGCGAGAAUUAGAAAAGGAAGCUCUUAGAGCAGCAAUGCAUCAUAAAGGUCUCUUUAUGUCUCCAUAUCAUUAUGACCCACUUGAAAGUGGCACCACCACAGACUACGACUCAUCUGACGAUGACAGUGAUCUUGGCGAGGACCCGGGGCCGGACGACUUGCCUCACGAUACUCACCUCCACAUGACUCACAUGAUCAGCAGACCGUUACCUCGUGUACCUGCCAUGUCAGCUGUGCCCACCAUGCCUGCCAUGCCCAUAAUACCCACUGUGCAACUAGCUCCCCCUCCCAGUCAUCCCUCGUCCCCACAUCCGAUUCCGCCCCACCGGCUGCAACAAGAACAAGACUGUGAUUUAGACAAGCAUGCCUGUGAUUCAGCUAUAUCUGGAAAAGAUACAAACUGUGGAAAUGAGGACUCUACCGUCGACAGCAACAAGAACUCAGUAGGGGACCACAGCGACUGUACGGCAGCAGAGAGUGAAGAAAGCAGAGAUGAGGCAGACAGAAGGCAAGCAGACACUCCACACAAAGCAGAAAACGAGAACAACAACGAUAAAUUUUUUGUAGACCAAGCCAUCGAGAUGGCCAUUAAACAACAAGGCUUGGGUUAUCAGCAAGCGUGAUGGCCCCAUAGCUUAACUAGGUCAACAAGUUAAAUUGUUCUGUGCUUUUCUGCCAUCCCUUCCUGUGAGUGUUGCUGAAUGUGUGAGUUUUAGACUAGUUUCUUGCUGGACACUUGAAAUGGUGUUAUUUGUCAUAGGUCAUAAUAUAAAGCUUUUUACAAACAGACUUUGGGAAAUUCUUUGCUGGUGAAGUCUAGCAUCAGGUGACUUCUUACUAUAUUUGCAUUUCCUAGUCUUUUCCAAGUCAUAUAUUAUGUUAUAAUUUGUUUCUGAGUAUGAUACUCAAUAACUUAUAGAUUCCGGCAUGUCAGACUAUUUCUACCUUGGCUUUGUCUGCUAAUUUACAUGAACAAAGUCUCUCAAGAAACAAUCCUAGAGUUGAUAUUAUUAGGCAAGUUACAAGCUUUAAUACAUUCAGAGUUACAUGAAGAGGAUGCACAGCGAACUGGUGAACACUUUUAUUGAUUCUGUAAAACUAAAGAUUUUGAUAAUUAUAUCUAGUGUGUGUUCACCAGCUCACUCUGCUUCAGCUUCAUGUUUCAUGUACAGUAUUCAUUAUUUGAUAUAACCACAUGAAGUAUCACAGAGUUCCUUAUUUUAACAAGAAAUCAAACUGUUUUUUUUAUAUUAUAUCAACCACUUGUGUUGUGGUAUCCACUCCAGUAGACGGUGAAGACCUCUGAAGGUGUGAAUGUCCAUCAGUGAUAUACACAUGUAAUUCCCAGGUAAGAGUAACUCCAAUUCCUGAUAUAUACUGCAUAAUGUUGAAUCUUUUUAGAUAUUUAGAAUGAAAAAGAUAUUGAUUUUAUUGCUUGAGUGUGAGAUCAGAUUUCCUGUAGUACAGAUAUCCUCUUUAUUUGUCAUUGCUUUGCCAUAGUGCAGCUGCUUCAAUGGUGCUUAAUAGCUGGGGAAAUGUACCUUUUAACUACACUAAUUGUCUGUAAAUUUAAGUUUUUUACACAUGUUAUAAAUGUCUCCUGAUAUUGUUUGUAGAAUUCAUGUGAAAACACUGAUGGACUGACAGUCAAUUAGCCAAACUUGUCGUGAUUAACAAUGCAUAACCAGGAGCUUUGCAAAUCUCAUUACUAUAUUUUAUAUUUUAUUACAGUACAUUAAUGGCAUUGAUUAGAGUUGAUGCCUAAGAGAAAGUAAUAAUUAUUGAUGAUUAUUUGUAAGUAUUGAUGACAGUUCAUGUGGAAAAGCCUGUAAAGACAGGAGCAUAGCAGUAAUGUGAAUAGGAUCUGACUACCAACAAAUAUAUAAGAUUGGCUGUGCGUGUUGCCUCCAGUGAGGGGUAUUCGUGCCAUGUUAGUAUAAACAGGGUAACUGAGCUAUAUAGAACUGGUGAAACAGUAGCAUGGUGGUUCUGUCUGGGUAAUCUGGCCAGAAAUGCCUACCAGUCAUGCUGGUAACUGGAUUCUGUGGCUCUUCAGUUUUAAGGGCCUUAUAAGGGUGGCUAGGUGGUUUGAGUCAUUAAGUUAAAUACAAGAGUUGGAGUAUAUAUUAAAACACUGUAUUUAAAAUGAAGAUAAUGACAAUAAACGAUGGUGAAUGAGUCCAGUGUGAUAAUAAUUGAAUGACUGGAUUGUGUAAGCACUGCAAGAUAUGUUUUUGUUCAUAGUUAGACGGGGACGAGGAGGGCAAUAGAUAUGGGUGAGUUUCCUCAGUGAAAAAAUGCAGA